UGCUUAUUUCUGAGAUGAGACAAGUGUUGAGCCAAAUGGGUGUGAAGCCAAGCUUAAUCUUCUCAGUUAAUGUCCUGAGUGACAAGGAAGCCGAGACCUUGUUCAAGAAAAGGGCUGGAAUUGUCGACAAAAAUUUUGAACUUGGAAAAAUAGCAGCUGAGAUCACCAAAAAAUGUCAUGGUUUGCCCAUGUCAAUAGUUACGACAGCAAAGGCAUUGAAAAAUCAGAGCCCCUCAGUUUGGGAGGAUACUCGUCUGAAGCUUCAUAGGCAAAGUCUAACAGGAACACCUGAGUAUUCUACAAGGUUGAGUUAUAAUCUUCUAGAAAAUGAGGAGCUCAAGCUUACCUUCUUGCUUUGUGCUAGUAUGGGUCAUGAUGCUUUAAUUGCAGACUUGGUGAAACGCUGCAUUGGUUUGGGUUUUCUCCAAGACAUCUAUACAGUAAGGGAGGCCAGAGAUAGAGUACAAUCGUUGCUUGUGAAGUUAAAACAAUCAGGUUUAUUGUCUGACAGCUAUUCAAGUGAUCAUUUCUCUAUGCAAAAUCUUGUUCGCAAUGCUGCUUUGUCAAUAGCAUCCGCGGACAACCAUGUGUUCAGAUUGACAAAAGGAAAACUAGAUGAAUGGCCUGAUGAGGACAAACUUGAAAAGUACACUGAUAUUUUCUUACAACAUUGUGAUUUCAUUGAGGAGUUUCCUAGAAGAAUAAGAUGCCCCAGGGUUAGAGUGUUUCAUAUUGACAAUAAUGAUCCACAUUUGAAAAUACCAGAUAACUUUUUCCAAGAAAUGAAAGAACUCAGAGUGUUGAUUUUGACUGGCAUCCAUCUCUUACCGUUGCCCUCAUCAAUUGGAUACCUAACAAAACUCAGAAUGCUCUGUUUGGAGCACUGCAAAAUAGAUGAGAAAAGUUUGUGCAUCAUUGGAGAGUUGAAGAAUCUAAGAAUUCUUAGCUUUUCAGGAUCUGAGAUUGAAAGCUUGCCUGUUGAGUUGAAGAACUUGUCUAAGCUACAAAUCUUUGACAUAAGCAAUUGCACCAAACUUGGUGGUAUUCCGCCCAAGGUAAUAUCAAGUAUGACCAGACUGGAGGAGUUGUAUAUGAGAAACACUUCAAUUCAAUGGAAGAUUAAUGAAGAACAGGAAAACCAGAGUGAAAUUGCUAGUUUAUCUGAGUUGGGGCAUCUGAAUCAACUAUCAAAUUUAGACCUUCAAAUCCCAAGUGCUGCCCAUCUUCCCAAGAAUUUGUUCUUUGACAGGCUGCAAAACUACAAGAUCAUUGUUGGCUCUUCUGAGAGAUAUUCAAAGCAAGAAUUCAAGAUGCCAGAAAAGUAUGAACUGGUGCGCUUCUUGGCAAUACAGCAAAAAUAUGGCUUUGACAUUCAUUCUCAGAACGAGAUCAAGAUGUUGUUUGAAAGAGUUGAAAAUCUUCUGUUGGAAAAAUUCAAUGGCGUUCAAGAUCUUUUUUAUGAGUUGAAUUUAAAAGGAUUUCCCUGUCUUAAAGAGUUGUUCAUUGUAAGCAAUUCUGACAUUUGCUCCCUCAUCAACCCAAAAGACAGGAAGCGUCCUGAGAUGGCUUUCCCUAAAUUAGAGUUACUGGAUCUCUAUAAGCUCAAGAACAUGAAGGAGAUAUGCUCAUCAUCUUGUGAACUUUCAAAACCUUCCUUUGGUAAACUGAAAAUCAUCAAGAUCAUGCUUUGCAGUGCAUUGAAGAAUGUCUUUCAAAUCUCUCUGGUUGGAUUUCUAACCGCACUUGAAACAAUUGAAGUUUCUGAAUGUAGCUCUUUGAAGGAGAUUGUCCACGUAGAGAAUACAAGUCAAAUUGGAACUCUUGGGUUUCCUGAACUACGUCAUUUGUCUCUACGAUCUCUGGUUGAAUUUGUUGGAUUUGAUCCCAUUUUGCUUGAAGAUUCUAGAAUACUAUUCCACGGAAGGGUUGGAGUUACCAAAUUGGAAAGGUUGGAGUUGUCGGCUAUCCAAAUUGACUGUAUAUGGAAUGAUGGCCAAAGCUCUCAUUUUGGAAAUUUGAUACAUCUGGACGUGAAUAAUUGUGGCAAUUUAAAAUAUUUAUUGUCAUUAUCUGUAGCCAAGGGUUUAGUGAAUCUUCAGAGCCUUUUCAUUAGUGAAUGUGAGCAGAUGAGAUGCAUCUUUAACCAAGAGCAAUGUCGGGAUAGUAGUAAGAAGGAUAGCAUCUUUCCAAAGUUGAAGAAUAUCAAAUUGAGUAGCAUGAAGAGGUUGAGUGAAAUAUGGAGUUUUGGAGUCCGCAAAGAUUCCUUUGGCAAGUUGGACACUCUAAUCAUUGAGAAGUGCGACAAAUUAGUGAAUGUGUUUCCAAGUUACUUGGUGGGAAUAUUUCGGAGCCUAAGUAGUUUGAGGGUUACUAGUUGCAAUUCAAUGGAAGCUAUAUUUGACCUAGCUUUUAAAAACAAAUAUGCUAAGUAUGUAAGCCGUUUGCAAGAAGUUCAUUUGGAAACACUCCCAAAACUGGAACAUGUAUUGAGAUGGAGGGAAAAUCAAGAAGGGAUUUUUUACUUCAACCAUCUGCAAAAGAUGUAUGUUCAAGAUUGUGAAAACUUGGAAAAUAUGUUUCCAGUUUUUGUGGCCGAGAAUCUGGAAAAUCUUGAAUACCUUGUGGUAUUGGAUUGCAUUCGGCUGAGGGAAAUUGUGGCUAAGGGAGAGGAAGAAGAUAUAAAAAGAGGCAGAGAAUUUAAACUUCCCAAACUAACCACUCUCAAUUUUUCAAAAUUGCCAAAGUUCAAGAGUUUCUAUCCAGGAGUUAAUGGAUUAAGUUGUCCACUGUUGAAUGAGCUAUCUAUUGAACUUUGUGACAACCUAGAAUUAUUCACAGAAGAAAAAGUAGAUGCAUCAUCUGGAAAAGAGAGAAUCCUUUUCCCUGAAGAGGUAAUCAAUAAUUUGAAGUCCAUGCAAAUUGAGUGGCAGCAUGCAAAGUCGUCAACUCGUUAUCGAAGAGACAACUUAGAAGAGCUUCGCUUAUCAAGAUUAAAGAAAACUGAAGUUAUAUAUUCUUUCCUGCAUAGCAAUCCUAAUCUGAAAAGCUUAUGGUUGAAUGAUUGUUCCUUCAAAGUUUUGAUGCCUCUUGAAAAGCCAGCCAAUUUUGAAAGUUUAGGUGUUGUUCCAAAAUUGAAAAGCUUGAAGUUAACGAACUUAUCUAGGCUUGAGAAGAUUGGCUUUGAACAAGAUGCAAUUCUUCAAAGGAUAGAGUUCUUGAUCUUAAAGAAUUGUCAUGGGUUGAGCACCAUAGCGCUGUCAUCUGUAUCUCUCGCGUACUUGACAAAUCUAGAAGUAGUUGAUUGUCAAGGGCUGAAAUAUUUAAUGUCACUACCAACUGCUAGAAGCUUGAGUCAACUCAAUGUCAUGAAGGUAAUUGAUUGUAAAUCUCUCACGGAAAUUGUAUCGGAGCAAGGGAAAGAAGAAGAAAAUGCAUUAUGUGAGGUCAACAUUCUUUUCAAACAAUUGAAAACUCUAGAACUUGUCUCUCUGAAGAGCCUAGAAAGCUUUUGCAACUCCGAGAGUUGUGUGUUUGAGUUCCCAUCAUUGGAGAAAUUGGUGGUGAGUGCUUGUCCCAAAAUGGAAAGUUUCUGUCGAGAAGUCAAGAGCACACCAAUUCUGCAGAAGAUAUAUGUUGUGCAUGAUAAAGAGAAAAAGAGAUGGUGCUGGAAUGGCCAUCUACAAGCUACAAUACAAGACAUGUUCAAGAACAAGAAAUAUUUUGAAGGCAUGGACGAGAUAAGUGUUCAUGAACAUCCAUACCUACAAGAAGUCUGGCAAGGUGGUAAAAAUGAUCUGCAAAAAGAUUGGUUUUACAAUUUGGAAUCUUUGACCUUGAGUGGGAUUGAAUUUGAAUUAUAUGCAAUUCCAUCUAAUGUUCUUUGUUGCCUGAAGAGACUAAAAGAACUUACUGUGCGUGAUUGCGACAAAAUAAAAUCCAUCUUUGAGAUGAAUGACACCGUGUUUAGGGGAACAUUCCAAUUAAAGAAGUUGUAUUUAGACUGGCUACCGAAUAUGACACAUGUGUGGGAAAUGGAUAAUCAAGGAAUUUCCUGCUUUCAAAAUCUGCAAGAAGUGAUUGUUGAGUCAUGUGACAAAUUGGAAACACUAUUCCCUACAGCUCUGGCCAGGGAUCUUAGGAUGCUCGAGCAGCUUGAUGUAAGUUUCUGCGAUGAGUUGCUAGAAAUUGUUGGAAGGGAAGAUGGAGAGAAAGAGAAAAAGGAAGCAGAAGAAGGCACUACAGGAAAGAGUUUGUUUCCUCGAUUAACAAAGCUGAAACUAAAUAUAUUGCCGCAGCUCACUUGCUUUUGCUCUACAACGUUCACUCUGGGUUGCCCCGAGUUACACGUAUUAGACGUGAUUGGCUGUAAUAAGUUGCAGCUAUUUCAGGGUCAGCUAAAAGCAGAAGAUAGUACUUCAAUUACCAUACAUCCCACUUUCUCGAGCAUACAGGUUAUUUCUGAGGUGGAGCAUUUGUGUCUUAAUUGGAAAGACACUUCGGUGUUAUGUUCAUUGUUAAGUCAAGUUGCAGAUGAUGAAAAACUUCAAUAUUUAAAUGUGCUCGAGUUAUACUUAGAUGAUGAUGUGAAUGAGAAGUCCACUUUGCCUUUGCAACUGCUUGAGAAGACACCCAAUUUAGAAAAAUUGGAAAUAUACUAUUGUAUUAUCCAGGAGAUAUUCUCUCAAUUAGAUACUCCCAAAAUCAUCAAUAGUAAUGGGACUCUCGGAAACUUGAAACAGUUGCAUCUGUUUGAUUUAUCUGAACUGAGCUCCAUUAGUGGUUUAGAGCACCUGCCAAAGCUACAGUUACUAUAUGUUUCUGAAUGUCCAAGUUUGACAUCAUUAGUAGUGCAAUCUGGCUCCAAUCUGAAUGAACUGAAAAUAAGCAGGUGUCAUAGAUUAGCAUGUUUAUUCACAUCCCGAACAGCAAGAAUGUUAAAAAACCUCAAGGAGAUGUGUAUUUACAGUUGCGAAUCAAUGAAAGAAAUCGUGGGAGAAGAUGAGCAAGAUGAGAUACAGGAGAAUCAAGAGAUCAAAUUUGAGCGACUAGAGAGGAUAAGACUUGAAGAUUUGGAAAGCCUGGAUUGCUUUUAUCCAGGCAAUGCUACUCUGCAGUUACCCUCUUUGAUUCAGGUGGAGAUACUAGAGUGCCCCAAGGUGAAAAUUUUCUCUCGUGGUCCGAUAAAUGCGGAAUCCUUUAGAGGAAUUCGAUAUUCUUACUACCAAGAUGAUGAUUUGGUCUUCCACAGUGAUCUUAACUCCAGCAUAGGAAGGUUGUUCUUGUAUCAGGGACAUUUAGCUCUUGGUGAUUUUCCACAGCUGGAAGAGAUAUGGCUUGGUGCACAGGAGAUUCCAAGUGACUUUUCUUUCAGCAAAUUGAAAUCUUUGAAGGUGGAAGGAUGUGAAUUUUUAUCUGAUGCAGUACUGUCAUCUCAUUUAUUUCCUCUGCUAGAAAAUUUGGAAGAGUUGUGCGUACAAAAAUGUGAUCGUGUGAAGGCAAUAUUUGAUUUGAAGGAUACAUCAACUCGUGAUCCAAACAUGAUUGUUACACUUGGAUUGAAGACACUGAUUUUGAAGCAGUUGCCAACUCUGAGGCAUGUUUGGAACAAGGAUCCUGAAGGAUAUCUCAGUCUUCCAUCUCUCUGCAAAGUUAUUGUUGAUGAAUGUAAAAGUAUAAAGACUUUGCUCCCGUCAUCAAAUACCGAAAAAGAAGAACCAUGUGCAAUAUUGCCAUCUCAUUUACUUUCGUUCUUAAGUAAGUUGGAAGAGUUGCAGGUGCGAAAAUGUGAUUCUGUUGGGGCAAUAUUUGAUAUGAUAGAUGCACCAAAACAUGAUGCAGACAUGAUUAUUAUUCCCUUGAGGACAUUGAUCUUGGAGCGGCUUCCAAAUCUGAGCCAUGUUUGGAACAGUGACCCUAAAGGAAGCCUGAGCCUUGCAUUGGAGAAAGUUACUGUCAAUGAAUGUAAAAGCAUAAAGAGUUUGUUUCCAGCAUCAGUUGCAAAAGAUAAUAUACAAAAGUUAGAUGUGAGAUGCUGUGCCGAGUUAGUGGAAAUUGUUGCAAACAAUGAAGCAACGAUAAAAGAAGCAAACAAAGAGGUUACUAUUUUCACGAAGUUAACCUCAUUGACACUCUGUGAUUUGCCAAAUCUGAAGAGCAUUUGUUCUGAAAUGCAAAUUAUAGAUUCAUCAAAGUUGGAUGGCUGUGAAAAAUCUUCAUCAAGUGCAAUACUACCAUCUUAUUUACUUCCUUGCCUAAGUAAGUUGGAAGAGUUGCAGGUGCAAAAAUGUGAUUCUGUUGAGGCAAUAUUUGAUGUGAUAGAUGCACCAACACAUGAUGCAAACAUGAUUGUUAUUCCCUUGAAGACAUUGAUUUUGGAGCAGCUUCCAAAUCUGAGCCAUGUUUGGAACAAGGAUCCUAAAGGAAGCCUGAGCCUUUCGUUGGAAAAAGUUACUGUCAAUGAAUGUAAAAGCAUAAAGAGUUUGUUUCCAGCAUCAGUUGCAAAAGAUAAUAUACAAAGAUUAGAUGUGAGAAGCUGUGUGAAGUUAGUGGAAAUUGUUGCAAACAAUGAAGCAGCCAAAGAAGAAGCAAACAAAGAGGUUACUUUGCUCACGAAGUUAACCUCAUUGACACUCUGUGAUUUGCCAAAUCUGAAGAGCAUUUGUUCUGAAAUGCAGAUUAUAGAUUCAUCAGAUGUGGAUGGCUGUGAAAAACUUUCCUCAAGUGCAAUACUUCCAUCUUAUUUACUUCCAUGUCUAAGUAAGUUGGAAGAGUUGCAGGUGCAAAAAUGUGAUUCUGUUGAGGCAAUAUUUGAUGUGAUAGAUGCACCAACACAUGACUCAAACAUGAUUAUUACAAUUCCCUUGAAGAGAAUGACUUUGGAGCAUCUUCCAACUAUGAGGCAUGUUUGGAACAAGGAUCCGCAAGGUAGUAUCAGCCUUGCAUUGGAAGCAGUUACCAUCAAUGAAUGUAAAAGCAUCAAGAGUCUGUUUCCAGCAUCAGUUGCCAAAGAUAACCUACAAAAAUUAGAAGUGAGAAAUUGUGUGGAGUUGGUGGAAAUUGUUGCUAGAGAUGAAGCAGCCACCAAAGAAGCAAGUAAAGAGCUAGCUAUGUUUCCCAAGUUAACUUUGUUGGUGCUAUGUGAUUUGCCAAAUCUUGGUUGUAUCUGUUCUGGAAUGCAAAUUCUUGAUUGGCCACUAUUAGAAAAAUUAAAUGUUUAUCAUUGUGAAAAUCUGAAGGUAUUAGCAGCAAAUUCCCCAAAUUCUCCACGUUCUUAUCCAGAGGAUCAAGAUACCAUUACAAUAGAAAGUCAUGGCAUCCUUUCAACUGGAUCGGUUGCCCUUCAGUUGGUGAAACUGUCCCUGAAUAAGGAAGACAUCAUUAUGAUUGAGCAAGAACUACCUCAUGUGGACCUCCAAAAAAUAAAAACCCUCACUUUGCAGAGUUUUAAUGAUGAUUCAGAUACAUUUCCAAAUGAUUUCUUUACAAAGGUGCCACUACCCAAUAUAAAAAAGCUACGCCUGAUAGACAGUGCUUUUGAAGCGUUAUUCCACUCGCAAAGGCCUGAGCUAGAACAACAUACCAAAAUCCUUUCACAGCUUAAAAAAUUGGAGCUUAAAAAUCUAUACAAGCUCAAAUCCAUAGGGUUGGAGCACAGUUGGGUGGCCCCACUUCUUGAAAAUCUCAAGGUCUUGAAAGUCUUGGAAUGCAGUUGUUUGACAAAUUUGGUACCAUCUACUGUACAAUCUUUCUCCUGCUUGACUGAACUGCAUGUAGAGGGUUGUGCAAGAUUGCAAUACUUGUUCACAUCCUCAACUGCCAAACGUUUGGUUGCAUUGGACGAGAUAUCUGUUUCCAACUGUGAAUUGCUGGAAACCGUAGUGGCACAUGAAGAGAGUGAUAAACCAGAUGAUCAAGUGAUAUUCCCGGAACUCUGGAACCUGUCUCUCAGCAAGUUACCAAGACUUGGAAGCUUCUACACAGGGAACUCAACUUUGAAGUUCCGGUGGUUGAUGAAUGUUACGAUCACCGAGUGCAAGUGCAUGGAAACUUUCUCUCGCGGUAAUCUGGUGGUAGCACACAAGCUACGAAAUGUGGAUAUAGAUGAAGAGCAUUUGUCCAAAGUUGAUCUGAAUACUGUGAUCCAGCAACAGUUUGAGAAAAAGGAAAGGAAGCAACCUUAAGUUAGCACAAUCAAAAUCUCACUCACACGACUUAUUCGUUGUAUGGGACUCCAAAUGCAGCAAGAGCAAAAGUGGAUCACAUCAUGACAACAACUGUUCAAAUAAUAAAGUGGUUGUUUCUUUAUUGUUGAAAUGUGGUGUGCAUGAAAUAAGUUCCCUGUAAUCUUACAGAGAAGAAGUGUGAAUGGCUUUUAAGUGACAUGAAAGUAUUAUUAUUUUGUAUUUUCGUACAUGAUGUGAGGUGUGUGUAUUAUUUUGAAGUUAUUGAAACUGUACUUGUAGAAAAUAAAAGUGACCUCCAAUUUUAGAGGAGUAUGGUUUGUGUAGAAGUUGUGAGAGAUUGUUCUAAGAACAGAGUUGACAAUGGCAUAUAUGUUUAAAACUUCGAUAAAGAUGACUUGUAUGUUUAGAGAA